GCCACAGAAGGUGUGGCCUGGCGGCACAGCGUGCAGGUAGAAAAGGCCUGAUCAGUGCAUGUACGUGUGUCACUAAGGUGAAUAUACGAUGACACCUACACUCCUGCUUUGCAUCCUCGUUUUACAAACUUCGCUGCAGCCCUCAGUGAGUCAUGGCGACGGGUUUGAUGGCUCGAAGGACUACGAGGUGGUUCGACCCAUCAGGAUUCAUACAGUCAGAAGAAAAAGACACGCAGAGGAGGACCCGAGGCCAGAGACAUUAAAGUAUGCUAUGACAGUUGGAGGAAAAGACAUCGAAAUGCACCUAGAAAAAAAUAAUGUGUUGCUCACCAAAGACUACACAGAGACUCAUUAUCUAGCAGAUGACGCUCCAGUCACCACGACUCCCACAGACAUUGAUCACUGUUACUAUCAUGGCAAGAUUGUGAAUGACGUCGGAUCAGCCGCCAGCAUCAGCACAUGUGAUGGACUCAGGGGUUAUUUCAGAACUUCAGCACAGAGGUACCUGAUUGAGCCUCUGUCUGCUGACGACGAGGGAGAUCAUGCAGUGAUGAAGUAUAGCGGAGAUGGAGAGCAUAGCACACCUGCAGUGUGUGGCGUCACCAACAUGACCUGGAGCAGCGAUUUCGAACCCCCAGUCAGCCGCAGUCGUUCCAUGGGUAUGUCUAUCAUCCAGCAACAGAAAUACAUUCAACUCUACCUUGUUGCUGAUAACCGUGAGUAUGAGAAGAUGGAGCGAGAUCAGGCCAAACUGAGGAAGAGGGUGUUUGAAAUUGUUAACUAUGUCAACUUGGUUUACAAACCGCUGAGGACUUUCAUUGCUCUGGUAGGGCUGGACAUCUGGUCAAACGGGGAUUUAAUUACAGUCACCCCCCCAGCUGGAGCCAAUCUGGAAGCCUUCAAGAACUGGAGGAACUCUGAUCUGGUCAAUAGGAAGAACCACGACAACGCUCAUCUCAUAAGCGGUAUUGACUUUGAAGGACCUACUGUGGGGCUGGCUUUUGUUGGCACUAUAUGUUCAGAUCAUUCUGUUGGGGUUGUGCAGGAUCAUACUGAUACGGCCAUUUCAGUGGGGGCAACGCUAGCCCACGAGAUGGGUCAUAACCUGGGCAUGAACCACGAUGACUCCAGUGCCUGUGUUUGUUCUGAGGAAAGCUGCAUCAUGGCUCCAGCCCUCAGCUGGAUCACCCCGCGCUCAUUCAGCUCCUGUAGCACCAACACAUACGAGCAAUACCUGACAUCCCGGACCCCUGGGUGUAUUCUGGACAAACCGGUCUACAAGGAGGUGAUGGCUCCUCCCGUCUGUGGAAAUGGUUUUGUGGAGAAAGAAGAGCAGUGUGACUGUGGUACGACACAGGAGUGCACUAACCCAUGCUGCAACGCCACUACAUGCAGACUGAAGGAGGGCUCAGAGUGCGCUGAAGGCGUGUGCUGUGAGAACUGUAAGAUUCUGUCUCGCUCCAGGGAGUGCCGAUGGAAGCAUGACGAAUGUGAUAUAGCAGAGUACUGUGACGGGACGAGUGUUAACUGUCCUGAGGAUGUCUUUGCGGUAAAUGGACUCCCAUGUAACGGAGGCCGGGGAUACUGCUACAACGGACAGUGUCCACAGCGGGCAGACCAGUGUAACAAGAUGUAUGGUCCAGCUGCUACUGAGGGCCGUUUGUACUGCUACAACCAAAACAAAAGAGGUGUCUACUAUGGCUUCUGCAAGCAUCUCUCUGGGGGCCAAUAUGUCCCCUGUCAGUCAGAAGAUGUGUUGUGCGGGAAGCUUUUCUGCCAUGGCGGCAAUGCCAACCCAAACUACGGCCGCAUGGUGACAGUCGGUGACUGCAAGGCAGCUUUUUUUGACGACUGGACCAAAGACUACAGUCAGGUGGACGAGGGGACAAAAUGUGACGAGGGAAAGGUGUGCAGCCAGAAUCAGUGCGUGUACCUUCAGAUUGCUUACACUAAAGCAACUAACUGUUCAGCAAAAUGCCCAGGACAUGCAGUUUGCAACCACAGAAGUGAGUGUCAGUGUGAGCCCGGAUGGAUCCCUCCUUCUUGUGAUUCCAAAGAUGCUGUAUUCAGCAAACUUCCUCCUGGUGCUACUGCAGCCAUCGUAGUGUCAGUGAUCUUGGUGGUUCUGGGUGCCAUUGUUGUCAUCAUCUGGUUUGUUUGCAGAAAACGUCAAAAGCCUGUGUUACCAACGUCACAUCCUCAAAGAAAACCACAAGCACCGGAUAUGCCUACUCACCAACUCAACAGCCAGCCAGUUCCAAGUCAACCUGCACCAUUGCCACCGACUGGAAAGCCAAAACCCAAAGGAGUUCCACCUCCACCACCUCCAGCAGGGAACAGGCCAAAUCCUCCCAGCAACAACUACAUAGAAGCACGUCGAGCUCUGAAACCAGUAGCCCCAUCCAUUGCCUGAAACAGUGCUGACUACUGGUAAACCAAAGAGAUACAUCUCCAUCUGCAACCCCCUCCUGUCCCGUGAGUUGCUGUUGGAAGUCCAGAGACACUGGCAGAGUUUUCCUAAGCAGCAUUUCUUCCGAGCCAUCAAGCAGUGUAUUUGUCCUCGUGAUGUGCCACCUGCAGGAGGCACAAGGUUUAACAGGCUGAGCCUUAAAAUGUUACUGGCUGAGAGUUUCGUAUUGCACAGAUAACUUGACUUUUGUGUAUUAUAGGGUCAGAAGUUCAGAAACCGCUCUGGCCUUCAAUAUAGCCAUGUCAUUUUUUAAAUUCUUUUAUUUGUUUUUACUUCAUCAUGUGAAACUGCUAAAGUACUGCAUUUACACUGUCACCGUUAAAAAAAAAAAAACAUUUUGGACUUUUGGUUGAAUGUGAAAGUGCAGAAAAUUUUGUAUGAUGCUUUUAUGUACUGACUUUUUAAAUUGUUGUUUCUUUUGAG